AUGGCUGUUCAUUCAGCUCCUCCCAAGAGAAAAGAAAUUUAUAAAUAUGAAGCACCUUGGACGGUAUAUAGUAUGAACUGGAGUGUUCGCCCAGACAAACGCUUCAGAUUAGCCCUUGGGAGCUUUAUUGAAGAAUAUAAUAAUAAAGUUCAAUUAGUAUCCCUUGAUGAAGAAACGUCUGAAUUCACAGCCAAAAGUACUUUUGAUCAUCCUUAUCCUACUACAAAAAUCAUGUGGAUUCCUGACACAAAAGGAAUUUAUCCUGAUUUACUGGCUACCAGUGGAGAUUAUCUCAGAGUGUGGAGAGCCGGCGACUCGGACACGAGAUUAGAAUGCUUAUUAAAUAAUAAUAAGAAUUCUGAUUUUUGUGCUCCUUUAACUUCCUUUGACUGGAAUGAAAUUGAACCAAAUUUGCUCGGCACUUCAAGUAUUGAUACCACCUGUACCAUAUGGGGAUUAGAGACUGGACAAGUUCUUGGGCGUGUGAAUUUAGUUUCUGGACAUGUGAAAACCCAACUUAUUGCUCACGAUAAAGAAGUAUAUGACAUAGCUUUCAGCAAAGCUGGUGGUGGAAAAGAUAUGUUUGCUAGCGUGGGUGCUGAUGGAUCGGUGAGGAUGUUUGACCUUAGGCAUUUAGAACAUUCAACUAUAAUAUAUGAAGAUCCACAACAUCAUCCAUUAUUACGUUUGGCGUGGAAUAAGCAGGAUCAUAAUUAUUUAGCUACAUUUGCAAUGGAUGCAUCAGAGGUCAUCAUUUUGGAUGUGCGCUCACCGUGUGCGCCUGUUGCUAGGCUCAAUAAUCAUCGAGCUUGUGUAAAUGGUAUUGCCUGGGCACCUCACUCUUCAUGUCAUAUAUGUACGGCUGCUGAUGAUCAUCAGGCUCUUAUAUGGGACAUUCAGCAAAUGCCAAGGGCGAUUGAAGAUCCUAUUUUGGCUUACACUGCGGAAGGUGAAAUUAAUCAAAUUCAGUGGGCUAGUACACAGCCUGAUUGGAUUGCUAUCUGUUAUAACAGCUCUUUGGAGAUAUUAAGAGUUUAA